AUGUCGUUCGCGACGAGAGUCAUCGCCGUCGUCGACGCUUUGUUUCCUCGAACGAGCGUGAAAACCAAGCGCUAUUUCGUGGAGAAGAAGAAGAUACACACGACGACGACAAAAACGACGACACCAGCAAAAGAAGAAGAGGAGCUUUUUUUCGUUCAACUAAAACGAGAGGAAGACGUGAUGGAAGAGGAGGAUGAUUUUUACGAACUCUUAGACGCUCUUCCACACAACAACAAACGAGAAGAAGAAGACAAAGAAACAAAUACGAUGAUUGCCAGUAGCACAAACAGCGCGAAAAUUGCAUCGAGAACACGUCUGUCUUCCUCCUCCUCGUCUGCCUCAAUCGUCACGCGUAAGAAGAAUCUUCGCAACGCCGCGAAGAAAGUGAACACCAACAACAUUCGUUUGUCGUCAUCGACGUCGUCUGAGGAGCAACUAAUCGCGAGUGAAAAUAUCUCCGAUAUGCCACCGUUAGAACUGGAUGAUAAAGGCAUCGAACGCGUCAAGUUACAAAAAAAUGGAUGGGAAACGUACAAGUACCAAGAUAAAUUCGAUUGCAACUACAUCAGCGCCGGGAAGGAGAACACGGGACCGAUUGUCGUUUUAGUCCACGGAUUUGGUGCGCACUCUUACCACUGGAGAUACCAGAUCCCGUAUUUAGCGAAGAAAGGCUAUCGAGUGUACGCGUUGUGCAUGCUCGGGUACGGAUGGUCCUCAAAAGCGAGCGAAGAGCAGUAUUGCAUGGAAUAUUGGGGCGAACAAGUGUCUGAUUUCGUGCGAACGAUUGCGAAAGCGACGGAGACAGACAAAGCGUUCAUCGCCGGGAACUCCAUCGGCGCGUUGGCGGCGUUGUACGCGGCAUCGAAAGGGGCACCGGAGAGGACUAAAGGUCUGUGCUUGGUCAACGCGGCGGGAAAUUUCGAGCCGAACGCGGCGCCGGGCCCAGAAAAGAAAACAAUGGCACAAAAGGCCGUAGGAACGGCGCAAGAUAUGGAAGAGGCCGAGGAAAACAACACGUUACAAGGUAAACUGCGGGUAGCGUUUGGGAAGUUAGCCGCAUAUGGUAUCUUUUAUUUCACUAAGAUUCGCAUCAAAACGAUUUUGAAUCAAGUAUACGAUAAUGAUGUGGACGAGGAUUUGGUUCGAAGCAUUGCGAUGGCUGCAGAAGAUCCGGAAGCGAGAGAAACGUUUUACGCCAUCUCGUUGGCCGGUUCUCGAACGCAAGUGAAACCGAGGGAUUUAUUAGAAAACUUGAACGCGCCGGUUAUGUUGUUGUGGGGAGAAAACGAUCCGUGGAUGACGCCGACGAAAGCAGAAAGAAUCAUGAAGAUUAAACCGAGCGCGACUUAUUCUCCCGUGCCGGCUGGUCAUUGCCCGCAAGACGAUAAUCCUACGGACAGUAACAACGCGUUCGUGAAGUGGGCGGAAACUGUGGCGUAA